AUGCCUGCUACUGAUCGAGCCGACGGCGGGCAGCUCAGGCAAUGUCGGCGGGUCGGCAGCGCCGACGUCGAGCUCCACGCCGCCAUGGCGCUCGCCGACAUGGCCGGGGUCGAGCACCACGCGCUCCCAUCACCGCAGCACCACCACGCCGCCCUACCCCAGCAGGCGGCGACGGAGCACGAGGAGGACGAGGAGAUGGCCAGCACGAGGCUGAGCCUGGAGCUGGGCAACGUCGGCCUCCAGUCCUCGCCUUGCUCCAGCAGCUCCAGCGGCGCCGGCCAGCAGCACCAGCCGAUGCACGCGGCGGCGGCGGCGGCCGCGGCCGUGACGGGGUACGGUACCAGCAGGCCGCGGAACGUGCUCACCGAGGCGGAGAAGGAGGCGAAGCGGCUGCGGCGCGUGCUCGCCAACCGGGAGUCGGCCCGGCAAACCAUCCUCCGCCGCCAGGCGAUCCGUGACGAGCUGGCCAGAAAGGUCGCGGAUUUAGCGUCACAGAACGAGAACAUGAAGAAGGAGAAGGACAUGGUUCUGGAGCAGUACAUCUCCCUCAAAGAAACCAACAAGCAGCUGAAACAACAGGCACAUCAUCUUUCGCUUUCCUACCUUUAAUUUUGUUUCCAUCAAAUCUUUUCUUGUCCAUUAUUAGCACCAUUUCUUCUUUCUGGGCAAAAGAAAAUAAGGAGGAUCGAACCUAGUAUGUUCC